CCUUUAACCGCGCUGGAAGAAUCUCCAGGCCACAAAGCUUGCACCUUGCGUUUACAUAAGAAGCCUUUAUUAUUAAUCAUGACCUCCGCUCCGGCAGUAUGUUUCGUGGCAUUGCAACGAAGCUUAUGACCAGGCGGAACAAGUUGGCGAAACGCCAGCACUCUGCGCUGCAAAUUCACCCUUCUUGGAGCACUACAGUGAAUGUACAGACUGCAUCGAUGCAUAUGCCGAAACGAAUUUAACUGCCUUACAGUAAUUAUUGCUAUCUUCUGAGCUUGCAGCGGCAUCAACUCUAUCGAGCUUGAUCUCUGUCUAUAACUUACUUACAUCAUCUAAAUCACCGAUGACCUCAUCUCCUACCAUUUCUUCAACAUCAGCAAUAUCCCCUUCAGACUCAUCGACUAACCCGAGCCAAACGUCCAUACCUAAACAAGGGGGUAAUCGUGAUUGGAUAGCUGGCGCAGUCUUGGGUCCCAUCGUCCUGAUUCUCAUUCUUGCUACUGCUCUGUACUGGUUUUGUCGAGGAAAGAAAAGGAAGCGAACAACUCCAGUCCUGAUGGAUAACCCAGACGUCCUGCAAGAGAAGCCGCAACUGCAUGGCGAUAGCCUUAUCAUCUCUCCGUAUGAACUGCAAAGCAAUAGGUCUCCAGAUACAAUAUUGGAGUUGCCAGCUCGGGAGCGUGUAGCUGUGGAGCUGCCUGGAGACAACCUCAGAACUACGACAUCCUAGCUACAUAACUGCCGAGGUCUCCCGACAGUAUCACGGGGUGUGCUGGUGUAACGAAAGACGUAUCUACGGAGGGAGUUUAGGCCCCCAAAUGUCGCGAACAUCAGAUUGAAAAACUGGAACCUUUAAUUUGCAUAAGUACUUGAAAUGAAUUUCUAUAUAUCCUUCCUUCCUGCUCGUACACCUUUCCUGCGCUCACAC